AAAGAUCAAGAUGGCAAUCAAAACAAGAGCAGUAGAAGUGCAGGUCCCUAGUCCGACAUAUGGAGUUUGUUGUUAAACUAGAAAUUUACCGAACGAAGAAUCAGCAGUGUUAUAUAAAGUGCUAUAAAUCAAAGGAAUAUUAAUUUUGUUCCAAGUGUACCGUUUUGGCAAGUUGCACCUCUUAGUUGUGAUGUGACUUACGUCCAUCUCGGCUCACCCUGUCACCAUCUGUGGUUGUGUCACCAUAUGUGGCAAACCGUUCUGCCGCUCCCUGCUUGAGUGCAGAUCCUGUCUACCCGUGUGUGCCUCUAGAUAAAGCCUCGUCUCUGUUCUACAUCUGUAUUGCCACAGGGAGUAAGAAAAUACAAGUUACAAUGAAGCCAAUUCAACAGGUGUCACUCUGGGAUGAGGAUCAGAUUUGUACAGUGUUGGCUGGUAUCCACAUUGCCCCAGGCAGUGCUGAGUAUGAGGAACUCAGCAACCAGCCCUCUUCCUCACACACUACAGAGCACUGCUCCCUCGGCCUGCCCCUGUUCCAGCCCAGCUUGCCCUCCAAUCAGAUAGAGAUACGUUGCUCUCACUGCCAGACCACCUUUGCUGACCGGGAGGAACAAGUCUCUCACUAUCGUCUGGACUGGCACCGCAACAACCUGCGGCGCUCCAUGGCUGGCAAGACUCCACUCACUGAGGACCAAUUUUGGGAUGAAUCAAGUGAUAUUUCCAGCAUCUCAGGCUCUGAAGACUCAAGUAAUGGUGAUGAGGAGAAGGAAGAUGCUGAUGUGAAUGCUCCUGUUCUCCAGAAGCAAGCACAAAUAUUCUUCCUGAAUGCUGAUGGCUAUGUUGUUUCCCUUUACAGAAAUGUCUUAUAUAACAAAUCAGUUGAAAUUAAUGGGGAGCGGGAUGUGAUCCAGCGUGCCAUGUCAGCGCCCCACAAGAAAAACUGGGCCAUUGUUCUGCUUGGAGGUGGACAUUUUGCUGCUGCUGUUUUCAGAGGCAAGGAAGUGGUUAUUCACAAAACUUUCCACAACUACACUGUGCGAGCCAAGCAGGGUGGCAGCCAGGGCACUAAGGACAGUCAGAGUGGUACUGCUCAUCCCAAGUCAAGUGGAGCAUCUAUGAGACGAUACAAUGAGCAGUCUCAGCGACAGCAUGUCCAAGAAUUAAUGGAAUCCUGGAAGAUGCAUUUUGACAAGUGUAACUUGAUAUUCUACCAUGCCAAGCACCACAACAGGGCCACACUUUUUGGUGGGAAAAAGCCAAUUCUCUUGAAGAAUGAUGAAAGACUCAGAAGGAUUCCUUUCUCAACAAGGAGAGCAAAAUUUUCAGAAGUAAAGAGAAUUUUUGGUCUUUUGUCAGAGGUUGUUGUUCAUGGUAAAGAAGAGGAGUUCAAUAAUAUGGUAAGAGAAUCAAAACUUGGAGAAAAGCAACCAACCCCAAAGAAGAAAAAAGAAAGGAAACCAAAUAAUGCAAGAAAUGCAGAAAGAAAAUUGAAAACUGAAAAAAAUGCUUUGGAUCUUGCUGGUGAGGACUCAAGCUCUGAAUCAGCAUCAGGCAGCAGUGAGGAGAUGGAGCUGGUCACUCAGAUGGGCACAUUUUCUACCACUGACCUCGGGGGAUGCCACUGUUCUGUGAAAUCCAAGCCAAGCCCAGGCGCCAGAAAAGGAAAUGAAAGCAAAUUAAAAAAACAUGCAUCUAGCAAGAGUAAAGAAGUAAAAAAAGGUAACACACACAAAACUAAAGUGUGGAACAUCAUUCACAGUGCUUGUAAGAUGGGAAAUAUAGAUAAUUUGUCUGCAGCUCUUAAAAUUCACACUUCUGGACAGCAUGAAGAUCAUAAUCUUUCACAGGAAGAGUUAGAGUCCAUAGCAUCCACAGAUGUUCCCAGUGAUCUCAGCAAGAUAUCUUUUGGAUCGAAGUCCAGAACAAUGCUUCAUGUAGCUGCAGAAAAUGCACAGAAUGAUGUCAUUUGGUGGCUCCUUGAGCACGGCUGCAACCCAAGUGUUACUGAUGGUGCCAAGAGGCUUCCAUUUGAUGAUGCUGCAGACAAAGAGUGUCGUAAUACCUUCAGGCGCUUCAUGGCACAGUGGCCGGAUAAAUAUGAUUAUAAGAAGGCUAAUAUUCCAAGUCCGUUGACCAAGGAGCAAGAAUUAGAACAGGCAGCCAAGCUGGCCAUAAGAAGGAAAGCUCAGAGGCAGGCCAAGCAGGAGAGACAAAGAGAAAAGAAACAGCAAGAAAGAAUAAAAAAUGAACAAAGAAAAGCUUUGCAAGCUGAAGAAGAAGAUAAGAAAAAGUUUCUUGAACUUAGUGACAGAGAAAAGAGAGCACUAGCAGCUGAACGACGGUUCCAGCAGCAGCAGCUGCAGCAGGAGAAAGACCCACAGUCAGUAUUGCGUUGCUUCAUGUGUGCCCAAGAUAUUUCUGGCAUCACUCCCUUUGAAUAUAAUGACAACAAGUUUUGCACCACCAAGUGUGUACGAGAACACAGAAUGAAGAACUCCUGAUUACACCAAGUAUAUAGUGUGUUAUGCUCAUAUUCUUUUGUAAGAAUAGUACAAUGGAGCCUCAGUUACCAAAUGCUUCUCUUUUCAAACAAAUAGUUUUUUUUAACAGAAUUUUGAACUCAUUAAUUGGUUUGGUUAUGGUACCAUGAUUCGAUUCUAGAAUAAAGCUGCCGUUUAUUACUAAUUUAUUGUUUCUAUAAAUACUUACUUAAUUUUUAUAUAUCUGGAGGAGAGACACAGUGUAAAACAGUAAUUCAAUCUUUAAAAUAAGGUAAAUGUGAUCCCAUUGAAAUACCUCGAUGUAAACAAACAGUUUUCAGCACUCAGGAGUAAUCCUGAACCACCUGUGGCUCUCUUGAUGACCCAACAGUACCAUCACUACUGCACAACUGCAUUUUCCCAGCAGCAAAAUGUCUAAGUGUUAUGAUCACCUUCAUUUUGGUGGUAAGUGGGUUGCUCCUUUCUUUGUCCCUAAGGUUUCCGUCACUAGAUCGGUGACAGAGAGUACCUGCACAGUCUAAACAGUGUCUUUUGAUGCAUUCUGUCACUAAGUUCAUUCAAUACAUCAAUCCUUUCUGGAUAAAUAUGUGAGCUGGAGAUGUGAAGCAGCCAUCUUGACUGUGGGAGCAUCUGUUAUAAGCCAUUAAGACAGGAUAGACUGGUGUCUGAGAAUAGAUUAAUCCAUUUUACAUUGAUUCCUAUGGAGAAAACAGUUUUGGUUUUGUAUUUAUAACGUUUCGGAUUUCAAACGGCAUUCAGGAACGAAUUAAGUUUGAGAACUGAGAUUCUACUGUAUUUAUAAUCAUUGUGCAGUUUUAUAAUCAAUUAAGUAUAUGUUAUGCUGAAUUCUCAAAUAUAUGUUAUGAGUGAAAACAAAAUUUCUAGAGAUAGCUGAGACAAAAUAUUUUUGCAUUCAUAAUGAGUAUAACUUUUCUGAAGAAAAUACAGGUUGACCAUCAUUGCUCAGACAUAAUUUCAUUCAGAACCUUGUGUAAUGCAGCAUAUUUUCAGCUGGCUAUAUUCUGUAUUUUUUAUUAUUAUUAUUAUUUUUUUUUUAUUAUUAUCUUUUAAACAUAACUCAACACCACACAUAACCUGCUCACAUUCCACCACUUGUUACAUGUCUUAGUGAGAGUGCAAUAGGACAGGAAAUCAAUAAACUAUUUAGCAUUCAUGAAGAGAGCUCAGGACACCUGUUUUCAUUAGGUGCUAGCUGUAUCCAGUCAGGCAACACAAACACAUGGCAGACAGGUGACUAGACCCCUCCAAAAGUCUCUCUUCUUCAACUUGCUGUCCCUCCAUAACCACUGCAUGUAGAGAUAUCUGGAUGGCAUCAUUAAAAAGAAGAGGACUUGAUGUUGGGUGCAAAGUGUAUUUCAUUUACUCUUCUAUUGUAGACUAAGUUUGAGGUGUGUGUGAAAUUGUGAAUACAGGCUAUUUUUCAUGUUUAGCACUGGAGGCCCAGUCCUAGCAGGACAAAAAUUACUGUCACUGCUGGCUCUAUGGGUUAAAGUUGCAAUGCAUGUGUCUGCUACUGA